AUGUUAGAAAUAGAUAAAGAAUUAAAUAAGGCGGGAGAAAAUGGUAAGUACCAACAACUUCUGCUGUGGUUAAUUAUAUUACCGACACAGUUACCAUACAGUGUGCAACAUUACUGCCAACUUUUAACUUCCUGGACGCCUGAUCAUUGGUGCAGAGUGUCCCGAGUGUAUAAUGAUGAUAGUGUGCUGUACUGGAAUAUUAGGGAGGCCAUGGUUAAGGAAUAUAAAGAUUCUCGUUUUCGGCAUUCACAAUGUGUUCUAAACAGAACAUUAGUUUUUAAUAUCAUUAGAGAACAUAAGGGUGCUAGGAAGAAGAGAUUUUCAAGUGGAAAAGGUCGAAACUCGUUAGCUAAGUGUGAAAAAGACUGGAUAUACAACAGAAGUUGGUUGGGGAGAACCAAUACUAUUGUUACAGAGUGGGACCUUGUUUGUGAUAGAAGUUGGCUACCAACAUUCGCCUUGAUGCUGUUUGGAGUGGGCGAAUUCCUAAGCCUACCAUUAUACUUUUACAUAACUUACAGGCAGGGUCGUCGCUUCAGUUUCUUUCUGUUCUUGGCCUGCGAGUGCCUUUUCGGGUCGCUGACCGCCUUCGCUCCCAACAUCGGAUGCUUCGCACUCCUGCGCUUCCUCGUGGGGCUCACCGUGCCUGCCUGUGCCGCCACACCAGCGGCUCUAGCUCAAGAACUCGUUGGCUCAAAAUCAAAAGGUCGCAACCUUCAUUUAAUGUAUCUGUACAGAAGCCUGGGUGGUGUCUUGUUGGCUGGGUCGGUCUUCGUCGUGAGAGAUUGGCCUCACAUAGCACUUGCUUCAACAGUACCUUUCGGUGCCUUCUUUCUUUACUGGUGGGUGCUUCCAGAGUCUCCGCAGUGGCUAUUGGCAAGAGGAAGAUUUGAAGAAACGAUACGACUUAUCCGCACCAUAGCCUCCACCAAUGGCAGAGAGCUUACACCGGACUUCAUAGUCGCCACAAAAAGAAAAUUUAUUUUAGAAAGGAGUUUGCGAGAGCACAGAAAUGAGCCGAGGACACAAAAAGAAGCUACGAAAGAUCUUUUUAAAGUCCGAGGCUUGCGAAAAAGAAUUAUAGUCAUCAUCUUUACCUGGCUGACGAGCACCGCCUCGUUCCUGGGUCUCAAUUACUUGUGCGUGGAGCUUCAAGGGGACGUCCAUCUUAACCUAUUGCUUUCUGCGGUCACCGAGGUGCUGGGAUGGGCCAUUGCCGCCUUAAUGCUGCGAUGCGGCAGUCGAAGGUGCUCUUACUGUGUCACCUGUGCCUUAGGAGGAGUGCUCUGUGUCACCAUGGCAACCAGAAGGAGAGGAAAGUCGGCCUCUCUGACGCUGUUUGUAUCUACAAAACUCAGCGUCUCAAUUUCCUACUUCGUGUUGCCGUUGUGGACGGCCGAGCUGAUACCGCAUGGGCCUCGAGAAACAGCGAUUGUGCUGUCAGAAAUCCUCAGCCUUUUGUGUCCUGUCUUCCUGCCCUUGCUCAUCUACCAGGGCCGUACUUUGCACAGUCUACCUAUGACUCUUAUAGGAGUAUUGCAGAUCUUAGGUGGCCUAGUGGCUCUGGGUUUACCUGAAACAAGACUUCAGAACACCUUGAAUCAGCCGGCCGUCGUGCCGCUUGUACCUUACGCCGACCCCUGGGCCGACCACAACUGUGCUCACUGCCAUAACUCGCCUAAAUGUAAUCCUAGGAACGGAAUUAGGAAUGCCAAUCCCGUGCCAGAAUCACCAAUAUUUAGCCUUUUGAGAUGUCAAGAAAAUCAAAUAUCAUAUUCUGGUAGGGAAUCUUCUAUGUCCGACUUGAGCGGGACGAAAACCUUAGAAAGACAAUUAUCAUUAGAUGAGCUCAAAGUAACAGUUCUAUGA